AUGAGCCACCAGCGCAGCAAUCUCCAGAAAACCAUGCCGCAAGAUGGCGGUCCGAUUGGGCCAUGGCCGCGGCAAGUCGACUGCGAGGGGGUCAUCGUCCCAGAGCUUCGGAAGCAGGGGGCGAUCGCCCUCCCUUUGGUCGCCAUGAACUUAGCCUGGUUCGCCAAGAUCUCUGUGACGACGAUGUUCCUCGGCCGGCUCGGCGAGCUGCAGCUUGCCGGCGGCUCGCUGGGAUUCUGCUUCGCCAACGUUACGGGUUUGUCGGUGCUGGCGGGUCUCUGCGGCGCUAUGGAGCCCAUCUGCGGACAAGCACACGGGGCCGGCAACUACCGGCUGCUUCGCAAGACGCUGGUCAUGGGGACCAUUCUUCUGCUGUCGGCGGCCGUGCCCAUCUCCUUCCUCUGGCUGAACAUCGACAAGCUCCUGGUCCUCGUCGGUCAGAAGAGGGAGAUCGCCGCUGUUGCUAGGGUUUACGUGGCGUAUCUUCUCCCCGACCUCGUAGUGACCGCCUUCCUCGCGCCUCUCAAGGCUUACCUGAGCGCCCAGGGGGUCACCCUCCCCAUCCUGUUCAGCUCGGUGGCCGCUCUGGCAUUGCACGUUCCCAUCAACGUGGUGCUGUUCAAGGCGUGGGGUCUCCGCGGUGUCUCCGCCGCCGUCUGGCUGACGGAUCUCUCCACGGCGUUCAUGUUGGGGUCGUAUGUGGUGGUGGCAGAGAGGAAGCGGAAGAAGACGGAGGGUCCCAAGGAGGGUGGAGGGUGGUGCGACCAGAAGCUCGGGGAGUGGCUACAGCUGCUGAGGCUCUCCGGGCCCUGCUGCUUCACUACGUGCCUCGAAUGGUGGUGCUACGAGAUCCUCAUUUUGCUCACCGGGAAACUCCCCCACUCGCAGAGAAUGAUCUCGGUACUCGCCGUGGUGUUCAACUUCGACUACCUGCUGUACGCGGUGAUGGUCUCCCUUGCCACCUGCGCCUCCGCGAGGGUCUCCAACGAGCUUGGGGCGGGGAACUCUGCUGCCUCCCGUAUGUCCGCUCGUGUGUGCCUGGGCGUGAGCCUGGUGGUAGGUUGCCUCGCCGGCGCCGCCAUGGCCGGCUCGAGAGGCUGGUGGGCGUCCCUGUUCAGCCGCGACGACGGGGUGGUGGAAGGGGUUAGGAAGAUGAUGCUGUUGAUGGCGCUGGUAGAUGUCGUGAACUUCCCUCUGGCGGUCUGUGGAGGGAUCGCGCGGGGGACGGCUCGGCCAUGGCUGGGGGUGUACGCCAACCUUUGCGGCUUCUAUCUCGUUGCCUUGCCGUUAGCUGCUGUGCUCGCGUUUAGGGUUAGGUUAGGGGUGGGAGGGCUGCUACUGGGCACCCUCGUGGGUGUGUGCACGACAACCGCGUUGCUGUUGGUGCUCGUGUUGAGGACUGACUGGGCAGAGGAAGGUAGGAAGGCGCAGGAACUGGUUGGCGGUGCAGGUGGAGCGAUUGGAGAUGGACAUAUCGUGUUUGCCGAGGAGACCAAAGUUGAACAGGCAUGA